UGCUGGUUGGCGGAGAGAGGCCGCGACCACGCAGCUGUGAGGGGAGGGGGGCGUGGCGGAGUUGUCGCGUUGGAGACGGCGGGUUCGGCGUUCCAAUCCCCCCGCCCUCCCCCCGCAGUCGGGGAGCCCCCGCGCGGCGGUGAGAGGGGUCGGGGGUGCGUGUGGGUCCCCUCAGAGCUCCCCGAGGGGGCCCCGCGGCCUGGGGGCUUUGCGGCACCGGCGCCGCCGCUCCCGGGGACAGUAGGGGCACCGGGGUGACGCCGGCAGGAGAGGGCACCACUCCCUCUGCCCUUUCCCCGGCUCUGGUGAGGGGGAGUCCUGCGGCCCGAGGCUUCCAGCUGGUGGUGCAGGAGCUGGAGGUGGGAUGGAGUAGUGGCGUGAGGACCCCGCGCCUUAACAUAAAAAGGAAAGAGGCUGGAAUCGAUGGUGGUGUGCGCCUCUGGCUGUUCCCUAUGGCAGCCACGGACCCCCAGGUCCUGGCCUUGGCUGCUCAGAUCACUGAGAGCAGAGAACAGGACAUCCCCCUGCUGCUGCUGAAGUUAAAGGGUAUUUUAAGUAGUUCUUCCUUAGGAUGUGAAGAAUCAAAUAAAAUUAAGCAAGAUAUAUACGAUUAUGGUCUUACUCAGUACUGCUUGCUGGUCCUUAAGCAAGACCACUCUCAGCUGUGUGGAGCCUGGGCUACUGCUGCCCAGCUAGCAGAGAUACUAAGUCAUUGUUGUGUAGGGCUAGAGGUGAAAGAAGAUCCUGAGGAAUUUUACAAGAAGUUUCUUCCUUCAGCUAUAGACAGCCUGCUGGUUUUGGGAAAACGCUUGCAAGCACGAUUUAUCCGAGCAAUCAAGGAUAAGGAAAAACAAGACUUUUUACACUGGUUCCAAAUAGUAACUGAUGCCAUCUGCUGGCUGUUCGGUGGGCAUAUUCAACUAGCAGCAUGUGUACUGAAAAAUGGUCGCUUCCUACAGUUGUUAAUAACAGAUGAUGUUGAAACAGGAAUUAUAAUGAUGUCUGUGUUACACAAUAUUUUGAGGAUCAAUAGUUCUGUCUUGCUUCAAGUUGAAGAAGAGACCCUUCACUCUGUUUUGGAUGAACUUGUUUACAAGCUUUCCUCUACCACCAAUCCUGCUGUAGGAAGUGCUGCCACAAAACUGCUGUUGUUGGUGGCAAAACUUUGCAAACAGCUUGUGCAGUUACUCACAGCUCGCUACAAAGGAUUAAAAGGGCUUUUAAGUAAACAGUGGACUGGCAAAGGAUUUGACAGGGAGCUCAAUCAACUCUUGGACCUGCUGUAUUUGGAACAAUCCAAUGGAAAAGGAGAAAUGCAGAAGCAGCAUCAAGCAGCUUGUAUAAUCCAGGCUGCGUGGCGGGGAUUUCAGACAAGGAAAAGGCUGAAAAAGCUACCCCAAGCAGUGAUCACUUUACAGAGAAGCUUCAGAGCUAAACGGGAACAGGAGCUGCAGCAUUUAACAAAACAGAAGGAAGAUGAAGCUCUAAAACUGCAAAUGCAACUUCAGAGACAGAGGGCCAUGAGACUCUUCCAUGAACGACAGCUGGCCUUACUGGAAGUUGUCCAUGCCAGUCAGGUGAAUAAAUACAUGGAGGAAAUGGAGGAGAAAUCAGCAUUAACUAUCCAGAGAUUCUGGCGAGGGUAUAGAGCAAGAAGAAUUUUUCAUCAGCAGAAGCAAUCUCUUAAGGAGUAUAAGGCAGCUGUCAUCAUUCAGAGAGCUGCUUGUAAAUUCUUGGAGAAACGAAGAAGGAGGAGACCUCUCUCUCCUUGGAAAGAGCCCAAGGGACUGACUGAUGAGCAGAGACUAGCUUUGCAGCAGAAGGUGGAUGACUACAUCAAAUUGCAUCCGGCUUCCCAAAUGUCAGAAGAAAUGAGUAAAGAAUUGCAUAUGCAGGCUCAGGCAAAGCUGGCACAGUUCCUGUUGAGGAGCAGGCUGGAUCAGAGAGCAGUGCAGCGGAGAGAGGCUUUACUGGCUCAGGUCAACACCGACGUGGAGCUGCUAAUGAAUGCUCCAGGUUUAGCAGAGACCACAGAAAAAGAUCUUGGUGCCUUUAUGAGUCGAUCAAUCCCUGUAGCUACCAAGGCAAGACAAACCCACAACACUAUGCUGAAAUACACUCAUUGGCCAUGGUGGAAGAAGCUUGGGGAUGAGUUUAUGGAGGAUGAUGUAAUUCCUGACGAUGCCAUAAACACAGAACUGGAAACUCUCUUUAUUGGAGGAAGGAAAUCCUUUUAGGGCUUUGUCCCGAGGUACUCCACCAAGCAGGUCCUGAAGAAGCCAGUCUGCUCUCCUGAAGUCCAGGGCAGUGAGCUUGCUGCGCACCCUCCUUGCCAUCCUCGAACUCCACCAUUCCAUGGUUACUGCAGCCAAGGCUGCCCUUGAGCUUUGCAUUCCCCACCAGCCCCUCCCUGUGGAUGAGGACAUGGUCCAGCAUUUCACCUCUCCUAGUUGGUUCCUCUAUGUCUUGGAGAAGGAAGUAAUCAGCAGUGCAUUCUGGGAACCUCCUGGACUGCCUGUCCCCUCUGUGUUGUCCCUCUAACAGGUAUUGGAGUGGUUGAAGUCCCCCAUGAGGACCAGGACUUGUGAACAUGAUGCUGUUUCUAUCUGUUUGUAGAGGACUUUAUCAGCUCAAUCUUCCUGUUUGGGCAGUCUGAAGCAGACCCCUACUAUAAUGUCACUAGUCCCUACCUUCCCUUUAAUCCUGACCCAUAAACUUCAGCCGGUGUGACCAUCUGGACCAUCAGCUCUGUCUUUUUAAACCAAGCAGAAGUUGCUUAAUCCAGAAAGAUCUCCAGCGCAGGGCCUCUGCAGUCACUGUGACCUGGAGGACAGUAAACACUAGUCAAGAGCUGGAUGGUGCUGCCUAGUGAUGUGUCUGGAAGAAGAAUUUGAGGCUCUGCUAGUGCCAUAGCUACCUGUGCUAUUUUUCAGGUGAAAGACCAGAGUCUCAAAAAUUAGAUCAUGCCUCACUGCAGAGGAGGAAAAAGUGCAGUGGUUUCUGCUGAUUGUAUGUGGGCAGCAGUAUUGGUUCAGCAUGUUUGUUUUCCAUUCUCUCUGGAAGGCUUUGAGUUUUAAUUUUAGUGGAGAUGAAUGGAAAACAAAUAAAUAGAAACAGUGGGCAGAAGACCAAGCCCAUUCAGAUGCAGCUGAUACAUGGAAAUUAAUAACUGGAUGGCUGCCAGGAGGAAGAGCUGUGCUCUAUGUUAAUUUUUUUUAACAGAAUUGUGAUUUGGAAUGCACUGAAUUGGCUCACAAUUCCUUUCUUGGACAGUUAACUGGUGGAACAAUCCAUUAAGUAUUUGCUAGGGCACUUGCAGGUGUCUGUUGAGUUACAUAUUAUUCUGCACAGCUCUGUUGGGCAUUUGAGUCAUGUCCAUAACAAGACAAGUGCCCUACAAGUACAAGAGCAGAGGGUCUGGGGGCAGUAACCAAGUGCUCCAUGGGAUGGAAGCUAUCCCUCAGCAGCCAAGCUCUGGCACUGGAAAUGGCCCAACACCUCUGGAUGAACUGCAGCAAACCAGCUUUUCCCUCCUGAAUACCUGAGUCCUCUGUGCACAUCAUUGUCUCCUCAGCUGUGCAGCCACUGGCCCAAACGAUUUUGAUGCAGACGCCUCUUCUCUUAUAUUUAUUCCUAGUCACACUUAUUCUAACAGCUCCUUAGUGCAAGAAGAUGGUCACAAAAGGGCUUUGCUGAAUCUAUCUUAUAUAAACAGCUGACCCCCAUGGCCAGUGUUAAAUACUAAGUGAAUUAGAGAGCCAUCCUCCCAAAAAGCCAUUUAUUGUAAUGGCCUCUGCCACUCACUGCCAGUGGAGUGGAUAAUGAACUCCCCCUUUGGAAUAUGCAAAUUGCUAAGUCAUGGGGAUUUUCAAGUGAACAGAGAGCCUAGUGGAAGAUGCUGUCUUGCUGGAGGAACUCAAGUUGCUGGUCCAGCAGCACAAAUUCCUCUGCUCCACCACAGCCCUGAUAAAAAUGCUUUGUUUUACUUUGUGCGUGUCACCAGGAAAUCACAGUCAGCUGCAUUUUACAGACCAGGAAACCUGAGGCAAGAGAGCCAUGAGGGAAUAUGCCUAUGGCGAUAUAUAGCUGUAUAACCUGUCACCUGUUCCUGUUACUGUCCCAGGAAGAGCGAGCCAGAAAGGGGUCACAUGAUGGGGUGGAGCUGGGAGAUGUUCUUGGAUGCCAGUUGCUGUGGCCAGUUUGGAGCCUGGGCCCAGUAAAAGAGAUUCCCAGCCUCCUCUGUAGCCCACCUUUCCUCACAGUGGGAGGGAUUUGGCAUAGCUUGACUCAUCCUCUUUUCAAGUCUUCCUGCACCAUGGGCAGGACAUGUUGCUGGCAUUUUAUUUCACUGCAGCUCCUUCUGGAAUAAAAUACUCCUGCCUGAAUAAUGGGCACAGAUACAGACAUCUGAACAGAAGUCACCUCCAGCUUGCUACCAAGUGAACAGUCCUGUCUGGGUUAUACAAUUACCCAAAACAAGACUGUAGGAGAGGUCGUGAGCUGUGAUGGUCCAGUCCUACUCCUGCUUUCCUGUUUGCCACAGACCACAGGCAUGCCCAGAAAGCCUGGAGCUGUUACUUGGUCAUAAACCUACAGCAUGGGUAGUCCAGCCAGGCAGGAAAAAGGGGCAGAGUUUGGUUGUAUCCAGCAGAUCUCGGCUGCGCCCCUUUGGGUAGCAAGCAGGCUUGACCUGGCAGGCUGAAGGCAGACCUUGCUCACCAAGAGGAAUUUUAGGGGUGCUCUCCACACUGGUGGAGUGCCACGCCUGGGGGGGUACCUGCGAUGACGAGAGGGGCAGAGGUGGAGCCCGAGCUGCGAAGGCAGUGGCACUCAGGUCGUUAAAUAUUGACGCUGUCUAAGCUGGUCUGUGGGGGCGAUUGAGCUGAAUUGCAGGUUUCUGUUGCUGUGAUAAAUUGGACCAAUUUGUCA